GUUGCUUCUAAGCUCGUUGAGGAAACUCCGACUCCGAAUUCAUCCAGAUUUUCCACUUUGUAGAUAUAUAGGUCUUCAGGAAGUUUUCAAGUUGGUAUCGGACAUUCGAAUUCACUUGCAUGUGAGCUUGGGAAAGUUUUGUUGCACGUCGCAUUUCGUCGAGGACAAUUCCUCGCCACGGACACGGUUCCUUUUUCUCGUCAAACAAUUUCUCACCCCUCCACAACCCCAUCACGGAUUUGCGACCUGCAACUUGCGUUGAGAAGCCCUCGACUUUCAAGAACUAUUCCAUCUAUUAAAUCAAUCAUUUAUUGCCUGCAAUAUAGUCAAAAGUCUAUCUACAACGCAUUUAGCUCCAAAAUGGGUUCUAUGGCUCCUUCCUUCUCCAGUCCUCCUCAGCGAGCUACUUUUAAAGGCUUGCUGUUUGAUAUGGAUGGUACUAUUAUUGACUCGACAGACGCAGUAGUGAAGCAUUGGCAUACAAUAGGCAAAGAAAUAGGCAUAGACCCCAAUGUAAUCCUCGAAACCAGCCAUGGGAGACGCUCAAUCGACACACUUAAAGCACUCGGUCAAGACCACCUCGCGAACUGGGAAUACAUCAAACACAUGGAAGAACUUCUGCCACAGAAUUAUGGAGACGAUGCAAUCGAAAUCCCCGGCGCAAGAGACUUGCUUGACGCUAUCAAAUCUGCAAAUAUACCCUGGGCAAUCGUGACUUCAGGUACCAGCCCACUAGUAGGUGGUUGGUUAGACGUCUUGAAGCUGCCGAUUCCGGAGAAUCUGGUCGUUGCAGAGGACGUAGAGAACGGGAAGCCGGAUCCGAGUUGCUACUUGAUGGGGCUGGGCAAGCUCGGCUUCACGGUCAAGGACGCGGGUGAUGUUUUGGUGUUGGAGGACUCCCCUGCAGGCAAGUUUUGCUCGGGAAAAGCUGCUGGAUGCAAGGUGCUCGGAUUGGUGACUUCGCACACCGUGGAGCAAGUGGUGAAAGCCAAGCCCGACUGGAUUGUCAAAGACCUCAGGAGCAUCAGAGUCACCGCCGCCCACUCGGACGGAGGCGUGGAGCUGGAGAUCCUGGAUGCUCUGAAGGUGGACUGA